AUGGGACGAGCACCUCAGAAGCCCAAAGCCAAAAACACGGCCUACGUGGAGAUCCCUUCGAUGUCCAGGUCCAAGGCGAGGACCCCCGCGCCUACGCCCGCUCUCCCUUCCCCGCGACAACCGUCCCCUGAAGUGGAUCAGCUUCCUACCUCCUCCCCUCAGCCCUCGUCCCCCUCCAGCUCCGACUCGUCCGCGGAGCCGACAAUCACCCUCCCUUCCAGGAUCCUCACCGUGCUCAUUCGCGUCCUCCGGUCGUCCGACGCCCUUGGGACCCUCGGCCGUCUUUCCCAGGCGUCCAAGGCCACGCAUGACGCCGUAGCCCCGGUCCUCUACCACACGGUUGUUCUUCGUACCCAUCGCCAGCUCUCCUCCGUCCUGCAGACUCUCGAGACCCUUGUCGAAAAGAAGAAGCGCCGCACUCGCCUCUCUAGCCCAAAGUGCGACGCCCGCACCAAGCUCGAGAGGUUCAAGAGCGUCAAGGUCCUCCAUAUCAAUCAUCUUCCUUCCCUCGAAAACCUCGACAAGCUCUCUUCCCUCGAAGACACCUUCGCCGACUCUCCUAUCUUCGCCGGCCUCGAGGCUAUGCACCUCUCCCGUACCCUGCUUCACCAUCUCCACCCCUCGGCGUCCGUCAAGCCCGUCGGUCGGAUGGAAAAGCGACUCAAAAGGCUCGAUCUCAUCGGCCUUCUCGGACGUCCGCCCCGCGUAGCCGUCGAUCUGGUCGGAAUCGAGUCGGACUCCGCCAAUGACGCAGAUGAUGCCUGCAACUGCACCGAGGACUUCUGCAGCAAGCUGGGCGAAAGAUGGAGCGAGGGACACGCAUUCCAGGAGCUUGUCAUCCACCUCGACGCGGCGAUGCUGGCAACCCACUUCCUCUCCACCACCGCGGCCGGCCCCGAGCUUCGGCUCAUCAUAUCCCCUUCCCCGGCCUCCCGUCCUCCCUCCUCACCUCCUUCUCGGAAGAAAGUCCGCCGGUCAUCCUCCGACAGCUCGACGGACGACUCCACCCUCUCCGACGCCCUGGCGCGCUUUGUCCUGCAUCGCGUACAAAAGGCAGAAGUCUUCAAGGGCGGCAACACGUCCAUCUUCCUCUUUCCUGCGGGACCGGGCGAGGACGAGCCCGAUCUCGAAGUUCUCUCUUCGCAGAUGAUUGAGGGGGCCAAGACACUCGCCGGUGAUGCAGGGAAAGAGCUGUUUGGGACUGUUAGGGCUAGGCGGCUGCUGAAGGUGAUAAUGCUGCACCUGGGUAAUGAGGUCGAGGAGAACGGGGACGGAGCGUGA